AAUGAAGAUAUUUUUCAUUCAUUGACCCUCGAAAGUUCGAAGAGAGAAGUUACGUACACCCAGAAGUGAAUAUAGCGUGUUAUUAUUUAAAAAAAGUGUGAAAUACAUAUAAAAAAAAGUGCAACAUGGCUCAAUCUCAAAUUGCCGGCAAGGAAAAUAUUACGGACAACAUGGAAAAAUUCUCGCUUAAGAGCCCCAGCAAGAAAAUUUUGACAGAAAGCGCCAGCAACGUUCGUAAAAUGUCGAUAACAAAUGAAGACAAGGACGCAACCAAAGCAGUCCAGACUAUCAUGGAAAAGACUGUCGCCCCUUUUGAUCCCAGCUUAGAGCCAUUGCUGCGAGAGAAUCCCCGCCGGUUUGUCAUUUUCCCCAUUCAAUACCAUGACAUUUGGCAAAUGUACAAAAAGGCUGAAGCAUCGUUCUGGACCGUCGAAGAAGUGGAUCUGUCCAAGGACAUGACUGAUUGGGCCAAGCUUACGGAUAAUGAGCGUCAUUUCAUAUCGCAUGUGUUGGCCUUCUUUGCUGCUUCUGAUGGAAUUGUUAACGAAAAUCUGGUCGAACGUUUUAGCCAAGAAGUGCAGGUGACCGAGGCACGUUGCUUUUAUGGCUUCCAGAUUGCCAUGGAGAAUGUGCAUUCCGAAAUGUACAGUGUGCUCAUUGACACCUAUAUCAGGGAUCCUCAUCAGCGAGACUAUCUCUUCAAUGCCAUUGAAACGAUGCCGGCUGUUAAGCGGAAGGCAGACUGGGCUCUUUCUUGGAUCUCUUCGAAGGCUGCCAACUUUGGUGAACGUAUUAUUGCUUUUGCUGCUGUUGAAGGCAUCUUCUUCAGUGGGAGCUUUGCAUCCAUCUUCUGGCUGAAGAAGCGUGGACUUAUGCCUGGACUUACAUUCUCCAACGAAUUGAUCUCUCGCGAUGAAGGUCUGCAUUGUGACUUUGCGGUGCUUAUGUUCCAACAUUUGGUGCAGCGGCCUAGUCGGGAACGCAUCAUUGAAAUCAUAACGGAUGCUGUGACUAUUGAGCAGGAGUUCCUCACCGAUGCGCUGCCCGUCAACUUGAUUGGCAUGAACUGUGCUCUGAUGUCCGAAUAUAUCGAGUUUGUCGCUGAUCGCCUAUUGGUUGAGCUUGGCGUGGGCAAGAUUUACAACACAAAGAAUCCAUUCUCGUUCAUGGAGAUGAUCUCUUUGGAUGGCAAAACCAACUUCUUCGAGAAGAAAGUGGGUGAAUAUCAGCGCAUGGGAGUUACAUCGAAUCGUUUGGACAAUGUGUUUACAUUAGAUGCGGAUUUUUAAAACGAAUCUAUUCGCUUUCCUCACAGCUGCUGGUUCCAGGUGUUAUUUAGAUACUUUUAAUUAUAUCUCCUUAACUUUCUUUUAGCAUGUAAGUCCACAAAAUUUGACAUAUUAAUUGAUCAUCAUUGUCAUUCCUCUUACCAAAAAAUCGUCGUUUUACAUAUUUUUUAAUCACAUCAGACAUACUACUUGACUUCCAUAAGAACAUUUUAUUUGUACCUAUUCAAUUAUCAUAACAUUGUACAUAACAUUUUAAAUAAAUUUUUAUUAUAC